AUGGCCCACAAUCUUGGUGGACCAACUUGGAACGUGAAGCUAGGAAGGAGGGACGCUAGGACAGCCAGUCGAACCGCCGCAAACAACGACAUCCCGCAGCCAACGUUUAGCCUUAGUCGAUUAAUCUCCACCUUCCAAAAGCAAGGACUUUCCACAACCGACAUGGUCGCCUUAUCUGGCGCACAUACAAUUGGACAAGCAAGGUGCACCAGCUUCCGGAGUCGCAUAUACAACGAGAGCAACAUUGAUGCAUCAUUUGCACAAACAAGGCGUGCAAAUUGCCCAAGAGCAAGUAACUCGGGGGACAACAACUUAGCACCAUUAGACCUCCAAACCCCAACUUGUUUUGACAGCAACUACUACAAAAACCUCAUCAAUCAAAAGGGCCUUUUACAUUCUGAUCAACAGUUGUUCAGUGGUGGUUCCACCAAUGCCCUCGUCCAAACAUAUGGUAGCAACCCUAGUAAAUUUAACACCGAUUUCGUCAGUGCCAUGAUCAACAUGGGAGAUAUUAAGCCACUCACUGGAUCCAAUGGCGAGAUUAGGAAGAAUUGCAGGAUGAUUAAUUAGCUACUUUAAUCCUGGCGGGGUAAAGUACUAUAUUAUAUGACGGAGGAGUAGUAUUUAUUAAUCAAAAUAUAAAAAUUGUAUUUAAUUUGAAGCUUUAAUUUUAUUCACAUUUUUAGUUUGGUGAUAUUAAGAGUUUGUUGUAACUGUAAUGUUU